AUGGAUUCAUUUAAAAAACAACGUCAAGUAAUCAAAAGCAGUCUGACACGAAUUCAAAGUAUUUGUGCAGAUACAAACACGACAAUUGACGAUUUAAAAGUGCGUAUAGAGCGCGCUGAAGAAUUAUUCAAGCAAUACGGCGAUAUUCAGAAUGAAAUCGAUCUUCUUACAACAACGGCUAGCGAGCUUGAGCAAGAGGACGAGUAUCGGGCCGCAAUUGAAGAAAAGUAUUUUACAAUUAAAGCAAGCUAUUCACGUGCGCAAGUAGAGGGUGGUAAUGCGACAAUUAUCGAGAAUCAGCAAUCUCCAAGAGAUAUUUCGACAGCAAUGCAAGCAUUAAUGGAGCAUCAGGGCACCAUGGGCGCGUUAAUUGAACGCAUUUCACAAAACGUAAGCAGUGAUGGUAGAUCUUCGUCAUCACCAGCCAACACAAUAAACAAUUUGCAACAGCUGCCACAACAAGAGCUUCGAUUGCCACGAAUACAAAUUCCUGACUUCGAUGGCAAGUGCAUCGAGUGGAUGCGAUUCCGCGAUCUAUUCGAAGCCAUGGUUCACAACAAAACUAACAUUUCAAAUGUUGAGAAAUUGGAAUAUUUGCAAACGAAGGUAAAGGGUGAUGCACUGUCACUCAUAAAGCAUUUGCAACCAGCAAAUGCAAAUUAUGAAAUCGCUUGGCAACUAUUGAAGAAAAAAUAUGACAAACCUGACAAUAUAAAAAAGGCUUAUUUUGAAAUUUUGUUUGAUCAACCUGUGAUGAAAAUUUCAUCAGUUUCUGAAGCAAAACGUUUGUAUAACACAACCAACGAAACCAUAAACGCACUAAGGGUGCUCAAAGAGCCAGUAGAGCACUGGGAUUCAAUUUUACUUUUUAUACUUGAGAAAAAACUAGAUUCUGAAACUCAUACUUUGUGGUAUCGAGAUAGAAAGUCGGACGAAUCGACAACUAUACAACAUUUUUUAAAUUUUUUGGAAAAGCGUGUAUUUGAACUCGAAAAUACAUCUAAGGGCACAAACCACCAAUCACAUCAGAGUUACAAUAAGCAAAAACAAUCACGCACUUUUACUACUGUUAUGCAGGCAUGCCCUGUUUGUUCUUCGAAUCAUCCACUAUACAACUGCAGUAAAUUUAAGGAACUCAACGUAGAAGCAAGGCGAAAGGUUGUCCAGCAAGGCAACAUGUGUUUUAAUUGUUUGCAAGCAAAUCAUCAGGCUGUGAAUUGCAAACGAUCAUUUUGUCGUAAAUGCAACGGUAAGCACAACACGCUUCUGCACUUAGAUCGGUCGUCGACAGAGAAGCAACAAACAAGUGCAUCUCAACCACCAGUACGAAGUGAAGAAUCUACAAGCAUUAGUGUGAACAGUUUGCAAUCAAGUCCACAGUCAAUCACGUUGCUCCCAACUGCUUUGGUGAUGGUUGAGGAUGCGACUGGUUCACUGCAGCAAUGUCGCGCCUUGCUGGAUUCAGGAUCACAAGGCACACUUAUUUCUGCAGCAUGCGUGCAACGUCUUCAACUAAAACCCAAAUACGACAACACUAUUCUCUAUGGAGUAGGAGCAACGGAUGGAAGUCGCUCAAAAGGAAAAGUGUACAUAAGCAUUCAUGCACUUCAAGGCAAGACCAUCUCAACAGAGGGACUUUGUUUAUCAAAUCUAACACGGAACUUACCUUCAUAUAAGGUCUCCAGCCAGACCACAGAGUUUUUUAAGCAUUUGGAAUUGGCUGACCCAUACUACGAUAAGCCAGGUCGCAUUGACCUUAUUCUCGGAGCAGAUGUUCUAGCCGAUUGCAUCUUACCAAGCAUUAUACCGCACCCCAGUGGCUCACCAUCGGCAAUGUACACAAUUUUUGGAUGGGUUUUGAUCGGUAGGCUGUCAUCUGAGAACGAACAACAUAUCAUUACCGCGCAUACACUCAUGGAGAUUAGCCAACAGCUGCAACAAUUCUGGGAGAUUGAGGACGUCAAGGGCCCGCUUCAGCAUCUCACCCCUGAUGAGUUAGCAGCUGAAAAUCAUUAUAAACAAUUUGUUAAGCGAGACAAGUCUGGAAGAUAUGUAGUUAAACUUCCAUUGAAAAACGAACCGCAACUCGGUGAGUCACGUACCAACGCUCUAAAACGUUUUUUAGCUAUGGAACGACGUUUUCAUAAUAAUGCUCAGCUCAAGCAAGAAUACCAAAAAUUUAUGUUCGAUUAUAUCACGUUGGGCCACAUGGAGCCGGCUGGUAAUUUCGAUCCAAAACGUACGUAUUUUUUACCGCAUCACGCAGUGCUAAAGCCUAACAGCACAACAACUAAGCUGAGGGUUGUUUUUGAUGGGUCAUGUAGGACUACAAAUGGACUCUCGCUCAACGACCAGUUGCUCGUGGGACCCACAAUUCAGAGAGAUCUAUUUGACAUUAUUUUAAAUUUUCGCAAGUACAAGUUGGGAUUUACAGGGGAUAUAGAGAAGAUGUAUCGCCAGAUCUUGGUGGACCCUGACGACCAAUCACUGCAGCGUAUACUUUGGCGGAGGUCAAACGAUGAACCCAUAAAAGAAUAUAAUCUCAAGACUGUAACCUAUGGAACGUCAGCUGCGCCAUUCCUCGCAACUAGAACCUUGAAGCAAAUCGCCAAUGACAACGCCAAUGCACAUCCGAAAGCAUCUGAAGCAAUUUCACAGUAUUUCUACGUAGACGAUUUUAUGGCAAGCGCUACCGACGAAGCUACUGCGAUUCAGCUUAAAUAA